UCAGUAGUGACUUUAUUCAGAGGAUGCCUUUUUGACAGGAGUGAAGGGGGACUUUGCUGAUCCCAAACCCUGUUUUGGGGUCCCGAGCUUUUCUAUUCCACCUGUCCCCGCCUCGCUGCCCCGCCCCCCGGGUCUUUCCAGUCACCCUGAUUUACAGGGAAGGCAAAUCAAAAUCAAAUUAAUUCGCCUCCUUCUAGUGCGUUUCUAGGGCUUUUCUGCGCAGCGAAGGUAUUCUGGGACAGGAAGCAGGUGAGUUGAGGCGGAGCUGAGGUGGAGCUGAGGUGCAGCACCGCCCUGCCUAGCGCAGGGAGCUUCGUCAGACUCUACAAGACAUCUCCGAGCUCUGAGCGCUCGACCGGAAAUGCUCCGAGGCCGGUGCCGGAAGUGCACCUACAGGCCCGAGUCCUUCCGGCCUCUGCCCUUCCAAGGUUUCCGGGAGGCGGGGAGUGGGCGGAGCCAGAGCCGGAAGUUCAGGCGGCUAAGCCCGGUCUCUGGCGUGACCCGUGAGCGCUGAAUUGAACGCUGGCGGGCUGGCGGGCGGGUCCUCUGGCUGCUGUCCUCGCCACUUUACCUCUGUGCCGAGGACCCGAGGGAAAGCUGACGCCGCUGAGCCAGUCAGCACGCAGCUCGCACUCUAGUCCCGCGUGUAGGGACGACGCAGGCCGCCUGUCUAGUUUCCGGUCCCGUGGGCCCCGCCCCUCAUCACUAUGUAUGACCGUGCUCCGCGCUGGCUCGACUGUGCCAACCGCGGCAGCACCGAGGAGCACGUGGGGCCUGGGACCUACCAGGUACCUUUUCCUAAGCAGCAGGCCACAGGUUGCUAUGCACCAUUUCUUUCUUUGAGUUCCAAAACAAGUGCUUGUGUUGUCUCCUCUGAUGCUGGCCAAGCUGUUCCAGGUCCAGCACACUACAACGUAUCACAAGCACAGUAUAAUAUAAGAGGAGGCCGCAGUCUGCAAAACCGAGAGAAGCGAUUUAAGAAACUUAUUUCGGAUGGUCCAGGACCUGGGAGCUACAAUUGGCCUUAUCUUGGGACAUUAUGUAUCACAACCAGACAGAAAACUCCUAGAACUCCUGCAGUUUCCAGAAACAUUGAUAUUCCUUCAAUCCCCUCUUCCGGAAAGUCACAUGGGUAUCAUCUCAAUGACGAUGACACUAUUAUGAGACGCACCCCACCUCCUAGUGACAACACAAUAGGUCCAGCGUACUACAAUCCUCAGUUUGAUUAUCCUAAAGCAUCUUUGAAAUAUAAAGGCGUAAAUUUUGGCAAUGCUACAGGAAGACAAGAAUUUCUCAAGUAUUCGGGUCCUGGUCCUGGACAGUAUGAUAUCAUCCAGAAAAGGAAACUACAUUGUGAAAAUAUUAACAUCAAGAGAGAACAAGAGCAUAAUUAUUAUACAUAUGUCCCACGGCUAUAUGAAGCGAUAAUAUUGCAGGAGGAAAAAAAGGGUGUACCAGGACCUGGAAAGUACAACAUUAAAAGUGAAUUUGACAUGAUAAAAUCCAUGUCAGCACUUGUGAAUUCUCCAUCUUUUAUUUUCUUUUCUGAAACAGAGAGAUUUGAACCUAUAAAAUCAUGCACCCCAGCUCCUGGCACAUACAAUGAAAUACGAACUGCUUUCAAGUGCCCAAAGAAAAGAUUUGGACUGUCUUUGCCAUUUAACCAGAGUGCUGCUCGAUUCACAGAAGAUUCCAAGGCACAGAAGCUACCAGGUCCUGGCUUUUAUGAUAUCUCAACCAACAUUGUAAAAGCCCAGGUUAAAAAACCCUGCUUGAAGAAACAACCGAAAACUGGAUUUGGUUCUUCUGUGCCUCGAACUUUGUUCACAGCUCAGAAAAAAGCUUUCCGUGGUCCUGGGCCUAGUGAUUAUCAGGUUCGAGGAACUCAUGAUGAAUUACCUAACUUGAACAAAUCUGCUGCUUUCUUGUCGAGAGCAGAAAAAACUCCACCAGUACGAAAAAUGCGUCUUCCAGCUCCUGGCCGCUAUGAUGUUCAGAAAUCGUAUGACAUGUCCCAAGUUAAACAUAAGUACAUGCCACCUCGUACUUCGGUGGCUAAAAAAAGGCAUUCCUCUUUCCUGAGCGCAGCUCCUCGGUGCCUGGGAAAAAUCGCUGAUGGGCCAGGACCUGCAACAUACAGUCCUGUUUUAAUGAAGUCUGGUGCCAUAAUCUCAUUCGUUAAAGGACCAAAGCGUUUUCAAGAGUUUCAUGGCGAGUUUUCUCCAGGCCCUACGACAUAUGAGCUCAGUCCAUUUCUAAGACAUUCUCUUCUGAAGAGAACAUACAAUGUCACUCUGCCGUGUUCAUCCUCUCCUAAUAGAGAAAAUACUGGUUGUCCAUCACAAAAAGCCACACAAAAAUUUCAAAGAGAGAAAUUACAGUAUUUUAACUGGUAAGCAUGCUGUACAAGAAGUCAUGGAGAGACAUGUAUGUAACAUGCGCUCUCACUGCAAUAUUGGUCAUACCCUUGACUUCCCUCAAGGUGAUCAACCUGGUUAUGAUGCUAAGUAAUCAUUAGGAGAUUAGAGGGGAAAAGCCACGUCAUGCUUCUACAUUAGACUGCUAAUCUGCUUU